ACCGGUGGCCAACCCCAUCCCCGCUGCCCGAAUUCAGGCCUGACUCCUUCCUGUGGGGGGGCUUCAAUUCCCCUACCCGACCCGUUCGCUUGGGUAGUUGGCUGCUCGCCUCUCCAGUUUCUAGAUUCGCCCGAGCUAGCUGCAAAUGCAAGCAAGGCUUCUUCUUCUUCUUCUCCGCUUGGGUGGUUUUGACUUGCUCGUCAUCGAACUGCUACUCUGCUAGCAAGAGGAAGAGUAGAGGAGGAGACCUGAGCUGACCUGACCUGACCACGGAGAGGAGAGGAGAGGAGAGGAGAGGAGAAGAGAAGAGAAGAGAAACCACAUGCCCCAGCUACCAACUACCAACUGGCUGGCACUGGCAAUCGAGGUCGAGACACGAUACGAUCCGGCACGGCACACCCUUUGAAUGCCCUCCUCCUUCCCUUGCUUCGCGUGACCUCCAUUUCCGCUCCGAAUCCGUCUCUCCUGUCCUCGCCGGCCCCCCCCUUUCCUUUUACUCUCUCUCUCUCUCUCUAUAUAUAUAUAUAUAUACACACACACGGAGUACUACUCGGUCUGUUUUCCUCCUUGGCUUUCCCUCUGCUCGCCUCGCUCUCGCUCUCGCUCCCCUCCGUUCGUUUAUAGGCUUUCUUGGAGAGCUCCGACCGAGCAGAAAGGGGAGAAGCCAUGUGUCCGGGGUCGGUAGAGGCGGCAGGCAAGAGCGUGUGCGUCAUGGACGCCUCCGGCCCGCUGGGCCGCGCCCUCGUCGACCGCCUCCUCCGCCGGGGAUACACCGUCCACGCCGCCACCUACUGCGACGGCGGCUGCCAGCAGCUGUCGCGCAGCAGCGACGUGUGCAAGCACCGGCUCAUGGUGUUCCGCGCCGACCCCUUCGACUACCACGCCAUCGCCGACGCCGUCCGCGGAUGCGCCGGCGUCUUCUGCAUGUUCAACACGCCACAGGACCAGGCCGAAUGCGAUGAGCUGAUGGUUGAGACGGAGGUGCGCGCGGCGCACAACGUGCUGGAGGCGUGCGCGCAGACGGAGACCAUGGAGCGGGUCGUCUUCACCUCCUCCGUCACCGCCGUCGUCUGGAACGACACCCACAAGCAGCAGCAGCAGCAGCAGCAGCCGCACCUCCUCGCCGACGAGAAGAGCUGGAGCGACCUCGCCUUCUGCAGGAAAUUCAAGUUGUGGCAUGCUCUGGCCAAGACGCUCUCGGAGAAGACAGCGUGGGCACUGGCCAUGGACAGGGGCGUGGACAUGGUGGCCAUCAACGCCGGCCUCGUCACCGGGCCGGGGCUCACCGCCGCGCACCCCUACCUCAAGGGCGCCCCCGACAUGUACGACGACGGCGUCCUCGUCACCGUCGACGUCGACUUCCUCGCCGACGCGCACGUGGCUGCCUACGAGUCCCCCACUGCCUACGGCCGCUACCUCUGCUUCAACAACGCUGUGUGCCGGCCGGAGGACGCGGUCAAGCUCGGCCAGCUGCUCUCGCCGUCCGCCCCACGCUCACCACCAAGUGAUGAGCUGAAGGUGAUCCCACAGAGGAUUCAGAACAAGAAGCUCAACAAGCUCAUGGUGGAGUUCUCCAGUGGGGUAUAGGGGGGCUGGAUUAGGGAUUUCCUUUUUAUAUAUUUAUCUCACAGAUGCAACUAGGGUUGUAUUCUUUUGUAUCUAGUAUUUGCAUUCUUUUUCCUCAAAAAGGGAGAUUUGGUUGGUCAAAUGUGCAUAUGCUGUACAUGGCCAAGCAUGCCGCAUGUAUUACACCCCUAUCAGGAUUCAGGGGUAAGAGCAUUCCAGUGAUUGAUUGCCAAGAAAAUCUCUAGGUUGAACCAAAGGAACAAUAAAUAAAUUUGCAGCUCUGUUACCGCCUGUACAGUAAAUAUGAUAAUUGGUUUGACAAAUGAAUUCAA